GUUACCGGGCUCUAAUUAGCCUCGAUCCCAGGCUGCUAGGUAUUAGGAUGUCUUUGUAUCGAUAACGAUCUUUACCAAGACAAUUGUAUAACCUGAGUCAACAGUAUGUAAGUAAACAAAAAGAAACUGUUAAUAUUAUAUUAAACAUCCAAACCACCACCUUGUACCAUAUAUAAGAUGCCGUGGUUUUUCGCGAUACCAGAGUUUCUGAAGAAGCGAGCUUGCCGCUAUCUGUUGCAACAUUAUCUCGGCCAAUUUCUGGAGGAGAAGAUUGCUCUGGAUGACCUCACAGUUGACCUCUAUAACGGCACUGGAACUAUACAUAACGUACCACUCAACGUCGACGCUAUUAAUGAUGUUCUGUUGGAGGCUGGAGCACCAGUGCGUGUGCUGGCUGGCUAUCUGGGCCGGGUGACAGUGUCAGUGCCCUGGGCUGCACUGCUCACUGACAGUUGUAAGGUGGAGAUAGGAGACCUGAGUCUCACAGUGGCACCAGACCUUCACCUAGGAGGGGGCUCAGAGGAGGAGGAGUCUGGUGCUGACUCACUGUUCAGUAUGACUUCAAGCAUGCAGUUGGCUGAGGAGGUCUUAAGGAGUGGUCCUAGUUCAGAUGAUGAGGUGGGCGAAGGGUUCGAGGGAAUGGAAGCACUUGCUCGAGCUAUUGAGUUAGUCCUGGCAAGAGUACAGAUACAACUGAGUGAUGUCAGUGUGCAGAUCAACUACAGAACACCUGAUCAGACUCAGGAAUAUUUCCUCAGGGCGAGAGUUGACAGUAUUGAUUUCUAUGAUGAGCUGAGCAAGAGUGAGUCAAGUGUGGACAGUGAGGGGGAUUCCCCUGCACACCCCCUACCUGAUUUCUCAGUGAAGGUGCUCCAACUAUCGGGACUGUCUCUAGAGGUUGGCUCCACGUCACUUGACAAUAUAGCUCUUGAUCAGAGCUCUGACGAGUUUAUGAGCCUGCCUCAGUGCCACGGUGUUCCCAUAGCGAUGGCUGGGGGUAGGUUGAGUGUGAAGGUAAAGAUCAAACAGAGCGAGAAUGAGUCAGGACCUAAACUGGAGGUUGAUGGUUACCUGAGCUCCCUACACGUCCUUCUCUCCCCCCAGCAGCUGGCAAUGCUACUAGAGAUGGCAUCUGGGCUCACCAGUCAAGGACCUUCUAAAAGAUUUGAGAAGAUGAACCCAGGUCUGAGUAGACCCAUCCCUAGGGCUGACAUGAAAACCAUAGAAUCUCAACUAGCUCGCCACCAACUCAAGGAACAGAAGGUCAUGACCCAGCAACAACAGAGAGAAGACCUAUUCCAUGCUGACCCCUGGACUAACGCUCUGGGUAGCCAGCCAUCACGAGGUCUCACUGAGAGCACUCUCAGCUCACAAGAUGAGUUCCAGUCACUGGACCUCAACACUAGUUAUGCUGAGAGCAAUAUGACACAGUCGGUGGGUUUGGACGAUUCUUUCAUUUCAACAGAUAGCAGGAAAAGUUCUGCCUCAUCACGAUGCGAUAUUCACACAAGGUAUGGGACUAUUGACACAGCUAAUAUAGCGCUACAUGCUGGAGUGGGUCUACAACAGUUGUCAGGACAACCAGGUAAAGAUCAAAAUGUCAUGAAACGGCUUCGAACAGAAAGCAGAAGUGAGAACAGUCCUCCAGGAGUUUCUCGGGAGAGGAGUGGGGAGAUGUGUCGAUACAGUCUAGUAGUGGGCGGAGUCACGCUGGCCUUGUUGGAGAGUCAACCUGUGCACAUAUACCCGACAGAUGGUAUGGAGGGAGAUGUUAGGGGGACCUCUAGUGUGGAUAAUGGUGGUCUGGAUCCAGGACGUUACUUCCAGGCCGUGUGUGGACUGCUGGCUGAUGGAGUCAACAAGAUGGAGCUUGAUAGUCAUGGAGAGGAACUAGCACAAGUACUGCCUAGUGACCACCUUCUGCUGUGGUUAUCAACUGUCAAGUCAUGUGUGGUGACUAGCGGACUUAGAGUGGACUUUGACCUUUCUGUGGCCUCGGCUGAGUUGCUGGAAUACUUAUAUCGUAACCAGACUCAACUGAACACCAUCACCAAGCCAGUCUCCAUCAGCCCAAUAGUGCAGUUGAUGGAUGACCCGACCAUGUCCCCUCCAUUGCCAUGCCUCAAGCUGAAGCUCUCCUCAGCCUCACCAGCCACUAGCAAGAAGAAAUCCCGUGCCCCGAGUCCUGAUCAUGUGACCUCAGUAGAGGUCCAGCUGGCCACUGUUCAUCUGUAUGCUGACGUGACACUAUUAGAUCGCUUGCAGCCUUUGAUCGGAGCCUUGUCUCACAGCACACACUCAACCACACUCAAGACCAGCAGUCUGGAGAAGAUGAAGCAAUCUCUCUACAUGACCACCAGCAACUUCCACACCAUCAACUUGCAACGACAGGCCAUGUUCAACCAGGCUGUCUCCAGUGACCCCCCAACCAAUAGUGCCCACACCGUCACUGUCAGGGCUAAGGCCACCACUCUCAACCUAUCACUAAGGUUUCCCAUUCCAGAUCUGAAGGUGGUUCAGAAGCCACCCUGGUACCAACCAUCCCUACAGCCUGAGAUACUGUAUGUAACCAUGGCAGAGGUGGGUGUGGCCUCACACCCCCUGCACAGCGAGGGACACUCUAUACUAGACUUCAAGUUCCAGUCCACCAAAGCGUACUUGAGCUGUGAUGGCUCAGUUGAGGGUAGGCAGUUGUUCCUGACUAUAUCUUCACCACACCCCAUGACCACACCCACCCACCCACCCGAGUGUGGGCAUAUACGUCUAGUCAUUCAGCCGCCCACACACAGUGCUCUAGACGAGACUGGAGGCAGGAAAGGAGGAAGAGGAGUUGAUAUUCUGGGACGCUGUGACUCACUGGAAGGAGAUGUGGGGUCAAAGGUUAACGAGCCAUCACCUUUUUCCUCACAGAAAACAAUGCUCUCCACCAGCAAAACAGCCGACAAGGAGUCUAGUGGUCGGACUGAAGAGCAAGUGCUACCAGGGUCACGACGUGAGAUGAACCACUUCCAAAGCCACGCCUCUGACUCCGCCCAUUACUCCGUAUCCUGUACCCUGCCGCAGGUCAAAGUCCACUUACCCAGUAACAAGUUCCUGGAAGUGCUGUACAAUAGGUUUGCCACUGACCUAGCGUUAUGGGAGCCAGCUAGUCCCGAGGCAGUCGAUAGAGCUAACGCCCACUCCAUGCUCAUGAGCUGUAUGGACGUGCUCCAGCCAGCGGCUACCUCAGAGGAUCGCUUCCAGAUGUGCAAGUCUGUACUCAAAGAAGAGGACUCUGAUGAUGAGAGCACCAUUGACCACGCCCCCUCAUCAAUUGACCACACCCACCCACCCCCUGCUGCCAGCUCUCUAACUGUGUCCCUAUCUAUACAAGAGGCUACAGUAUCACUACUCACUGCGGGAGACUAUGACAAGUCUGGUGUGCCCAGUGAGGCCUGUCCAGAGGAGAGCAUGGACUCUACCAUAUUCCACAGUGCCCAGUCCGUGGUCCAGUUGUUGGACCUGAGUCCUCGUGGUACUGGCCACCCUCCAGUCUCCUCCCCUAAUAAUGGUCUAGUGCUGUUACAAGCCUCGGGACUGCACCUGUUCACUGUGCUGGGGUACAAAGGUGACCCAUCACACGACUUUGUCUGCAUUCAGAUUGGUCAGUUGUCUUUGCGUCACUCUGGCAGUUUAGAUGGUGACAGUUACUCAUGUGUGGAGGACCCUCACAACACCCACUCACUACUAGCCACCCUCCACUCUGUGCUCCACUCCUCACACACUCUACACACCUCCGGUUACGAGCGGCCAGAACCCAUGGUUGCCAUCGCCAUGGAGACCAAGUUUGACAAGGAGCGCAACUCAAAGACAAACAAAGUAUCUGUUGCUAUUAGAGACACGACGCUGCAGUAUCACAUGACCAGUCCCCAGCAGAAUGCCUUCAAACAGCUUGGAGAGUUUUUCACACUGACAGAUGAUGAGGUGCUCGGAUAUGAGCCGCCCUCUAUCAUCACUGAGCUACACACACAUCUUCACUCAUGCUGUCUGGAGUACAAACCUCUCCACCUUCCUCUCCACCUCUUGCUCACACUGGACUCUGUUAGUGUGUCCACUAGUCUAGUGACUGGGGCUCCAGUGAUGGUGGUCAGGCUAAUAGCAGACAACACUCAGAUACUACUAUCACAUGAGCAGGUCCACCAACCAGACCCAAAGCAAGGUUUUGUGUGUGUAGUUGAGAUGGAAUGGUUUGAGUGUACCCUGAGGCUGUGUAGUAAUGACCUGCUGGGAGAGGAGGAUCAGGAGCUGUUCUCUAGACUGCCUGACCUUAGCCUUGAGUGCAGCAGUAAUGUCAUCCAUCUGCGUACAUGUGUUGACUCUUGUAUUGCCCUCCGUGACCUCCUCGUGUAUAUGGCCACCCACGGAGAUCUACAGACCCCCCACAGUGUUGUAGAUCAAAGAGAUUACUCAAGUCUUGGACACGAGCACUCGUCCAUCAACUCUCAGGGGUCGUCCGCUAGUGGUAGCUCUCCCCUCACAAGCCUCACAGAAACCACAAACAUCGGAGAUCUUAUCAGCGAUGCUAUGGAAGAUUCACCACCCUCACACCUCCAUACAUCACACUCACGCCCUCACACACCACACAAGAGUGGCAGGAAGAAAAAACCAGGAAAAACUAGCGCUAUAUCCAAGAUGCCUGUUUGUGUAGAGACUGAUAAAUCAGUGGUGUUGGACUUUUUCUCUGACUCUAGUGACGAGGAUGUGAAGAGUGAGGGUGGUGGAGGGGGCGUGAGGGGGCGGCUUCUGAGUCCCCCUCACAAACUAAGUGCCUCGGAACAUAGCAGCAUAUUCUCCGAGAGUGAAGAUGACUUCUGUUUUGUGGAUACUCCCACCAGCACUAGAGUGAGUCCAGGCAGCCGGCCUCAGAUGAAGAGUCUACUGGAGAGAGGGGAGAGGAUUGAUCUCGUGGACAAUCACUUCUCUCUACCAGAUGGCCACACCAACCAGUUACAACGCCCCAAGCACUUCCCAGAGCCUGUGACUCAGUUCACACUCAGGGAGAUGACCAUUGUGUGGCAUCUCUACGGGGGGUCUGACUUCAGCCCCCCUACACCCCCCACACAGCGUAGCAGAUCUGGGAGUGGUGCUAGUCCCGCCUUGGGCAGGAAGUACAGCAGCUCUCCUGGGGCCGACUUUGUCAAGGUGCCCCCUGUGGGGGGUAGGGACCGGAAGAUUGCAGGGGGUCCCGGCAGGAGGCAUGACAUUCUUGUUGAGCUGGAACUUGACAAGCUACGUAUACAGCACGAGCGUUACCCUGGAGACAGUGAGCAGGCUGCCAGAUUAGUGGUCCUAGUGAACGAGGUGGAGAUACGGGAUCUACUCAGACACUCAAGUAUCAACAAGCUCCUCUACCAGUACACCACUGAGACCACACCCAGGCAAUGUCAUGCUCACAUGCUAUCUCUGAAGAUACUGUACACACGGCCUGAGCUGACCUCUGACCCCAGCCUGGAGGAGGCGUCCGUACGUGUGUCAGUACUACCAAUAAGACUCAACAUGGACCAAGACACUGUCCUUUUCCUGUGUGAGUAUGUCAAGCAAGUCAGUAGCACUACAGCCGUGAUGACAGGGAUUUCCCCGUCACCUCCGACCCCCAGUGCUGAGAGGAGGGGGUCUGGUGAUAGCACUGCUGAGUCAGCAACACCACCACCCAUCAGUGAAGUGUUUAUCAAAUCGUUCAUCUUCCAGCCGGAUCUUCCCAUCAGAAUAGACUAUGAGGCAAAGGGAUUCAAGACUGAAAUGGGCACGCUAGCUGGUAUUCUGCUUGGACUGAGUCACCUCAACACGUCUGAAGUGAGGCUCAAAGCUCUCACUUACAAGAAAGGUGUGUUAGGCUGGGACAAGCUGCUGGAGUAUGCCUCUAGUGAGUGGGCGGGGGAUAUCAAGGCCUACCAGCUUCCACACAUACUCAAGGGCCUUGGUCCCAUGCAUCACGUCACUCAACUAGUGUAUGGCAUGGUGGACCUGGUGUGGCUCCCCUACCAACAGUACCAGGAGGAUGGACGGAUCAUGUGGGGACUACAGAGAGGGGCCACUGCUUUCACCUCUUCUACUGGAGUGGCACUGGUAGAACUCUCCAGUCGACUGUUAGAGUCCGUCCAAUCAAUGGCUCAGAUGGCCUAUGACAUGGUGACCCCUACCGAGUGCCCGUCCCAAGCUCUGGUGCAUCAACACAAACCUCACCAACCACUCGACUUCAGAGAAGGAUUUGCCAACGCCUACGAUGUUGUAUCCGCUGGUAUUGGUGGUACUGCACGAGACAUGUACACAGCAGCCACUAGGGAGCAUGAGGAGAGAGGGGUGACUGGUGCAGUGGGCGGAGUGUUGAGACAGAUACCUGGGACUAUUGUCAAGCCCAUCAUCCUGGCAUCAGAAGCAACACGUCAUGUACUGGGCGGAGUAAAGAACCAAUUUGUUCCGGAUGCCAGGAAAGAAGCCAACAAGAAAUGGAAAGGUUCUGAAACUAAUGAACAACACUAACUAACUAACUAACUAACUACAUUAACUGCUUGUUGUGUGCUGACCAUUUUUCUGCUUUCAAGUUCAUCAUAAUUACUAUUAUUUUUUAUCAUCAUUCCGAUGCUGUUGUGGUACGUAUAUUUACAGAAUUGAGUUGCAAAAAAUGACAUUAUUUAAUUAUGA